CGAUAUUUUUGUUCAUUUUUGUUGACCAAAUGAAAGAAUUUUUCAGAAUCGCUUUUCGAGUUAUUUAUUUUAUUAAUUUCUUGAUUUGAGUGGCUGCUGGUUAUCUUCAACCAUGGAUCAAGCUGGAGGAAAUCCAGGAACCACAAUAAAACACUCGAUACCUAUUGAUAUUCUCGAUGAUUUGUGCAGUCGUUUUAUUAUCAACCUACCGCCAGAAGACCGCGGCAACCUGGUCCGCAUCUGUUUCCAAAUAGAGCUGGCGCACUGGUUCUACCUGGACUACUACUGCACGGACGAGGCGCACCGGCUGCACCCUUGUGGCAUCAGGGAGUUCGCUGCACACAUCUUUCAGCAUGUCCCAAACCUGCGCGAGCACGUGAAAGGCCUGGACGCGAUCCUCGACAACUGGCGCGAGUACAAGCUGACGGUGCCCACCUACGGGGCCAUCCUGCUGGACACGGACCUCACGCACGUGCUGCUCGUGCAGUCCUACUGGACCAGGGCCUCCUGGGGGUUCCCUAAGGGGAAGGUGAAUGAGGAUGAGGAGCCGUGGAAGUGCGCUGCCAGGGAGGUGCUAGAAGAGACGGGCUUCGACAUCAGCGGCAUGAUCAACAAGAACGAGUACAUCGAGGCCAUGAUCCACGAGCAGGUGGUGCGGCUCUACAUCAUCGGACACAUCCCGCGGGACACCCACUUCCAGCCACAGACUAGGAACGAGAUCAAGGCCUGCGAGUGGUUCCCUCUAGCCGACCUCCCGGCGAACAAGAAGGAUAUGACCCCGAAGGUUAAAAUGGGAGUCAGUCCAAACGCCUUCUUCAUGGUUCUGCCCUUCGUGAAGCGCAUGCGACGCUGGGUGUCGGAGAGGAGCAGCAAGACAUUCACGAAUAGCACGCGGAGAACCAGACACAAGUCCAUGGGAGAUAUAGAAGCGACAGCCACAACGUCCAAAGCCAAGCCGAAGCAAAUCUCGCAAGGACUGCAGAAUGAAAUCACAGAAUAUCAACAGAAUAACCCCGUGGUUCCCAAUGUUGUCCCCCCUAAUCCGCCUAACCCUAAGUUUAGUACCAAGAACAGUGUGUCGAAGACUCCGAAUAAUAACGGCACUCGCAAGGAGAGGAAACAUUCCAAGAGACAGCUGUUCACUCCUCAGAACGUGCACUCCAACAACUUCUCUCCCGUCAACAAGGAGAAGGCGAGCCCGGAAACGGAACCGGAAGAUCCGUUUUGGUCGUUCGUGGCGCCAUCUUGGGCCAACUUCAAGUUUGACAGGCGCGCCAUAUUGGAAUGCUUGACUUGAAAUUCCACGUUUAAAAUGAUCGGUUAAAUUUCUUCCGACUUCGGCAAAGAUGAUUGUUACAUUUGGUAAUUUCGUUUACUGUCGGACGUUGAUUUAAAUUUAUUAGUUGACUAAUAAAAUGACUAUUUAGAUUUACAAUGAGACUUUA